AAAAGUAACGAGUAAAAAGGGGCUGAGGUCCAGGAAGUCCGAAACCGCUACGUUUGCGAAAACGAUGAGGAAUAUAACGUUAGUGGAUGGACAGGGAAAAAAACUACCCGGUUAACCUUUGAACCGCCUUCCUUUGUUUUCACAAGAAGUCACAAGACAAACUCCCGAAUGACAGUUCUAACGGUAAGCAGGCGGUGCGAGUUUAGCUAGUUUUUUCUGGGCUAAUUUGGUGUCAACGGGUUAACAGAGGACAGGACUGUGGGAAGGUGCUUGGCCCCAGAGGAGCUGGAAAGCGGCUGGUUUGUGUUGUUAAAUCUAGCUGGUUGUUUUCAUUUUUCUUCGAGAGACUAUACACGUUCAGAAACAAGCGAGAAGGAAGACACACACAUCAUGUCCUCUGUCUAUUUCAGUCCAGGGUCAGAUUCAGGUGUAAAUGGAAACAUUGCAAAGAUGGAGGAUGCUAAAGUGGAGAUUGAUGAUGGAAAGGAUGAGAGUGUGGUACCAGAUACAAUGUAUCACAAUAUCCGGAAGAAGAUAGCACCUUUUGUUAUGUCCUUUGGAUUUCGUAUAUUUGGAGUGAUACUGAUCCUAGUGGACUUUGUGCUGGUGAUCGUGGAUCUUUCCCUGCCAGCCAAAAACAAAGAGGUUGGGGACGCAUUAGAGGCCGUGUCCCUCACAAUCUCCUUCUUCUUUCUCCUUGACGUUCUCCUGCGGGUCUAUGUGGAGGGGUUCAAAGUUUACUUUGGCUCCAAGCUGAACAUCAUAGAUGCCUGUGUUGUGGUAGUCACACUGGUGGUCACCAUGAUCUACACCUUCACUGACCUGUCAGGACCCAGUCUCAUCCCCAGGGUGGUGACGUUUCUUCGUUUCCUGAGAAUUAUAAUCCUGGUGAGGGUUUUCAGACUAGCAGCUCAGAGGAAAGAGCUGGAGAAGGUCACCAGGAGGAUGGUUUCUGAGAAUAAGCGGCGUUAUCAGAAGGAUGGGUUUGACCUUGACCUUACCUAUGUCACAGACCGCGUCAUCGCCAUGUCUUUCCCCUCCUCCGGGAAGCAGUCCUUCUACAGGAAUCCAAUCAAGGAAGUGGCGAGGUUCCUAGACACUAAACAUGAAGACCACUAUAAAGUUUACAACCUGUGCAGUGAGAAAGGCUACGACCCCCAGUUCUUCCACUACAGGGUUGAAAGGGUGUUCAUUGACGACCACAACGUCCCCUCCUUGGAGGACAUGCUGAAAUACACAGCAAGCGUGCGGGAGUGGAUGUCUGCUGAUCCCAAAAACAUCAUUGCUAUUCACUGUAAAGGAGGGAAAGGACGCACAGGUACUAUGGUGUGCACCUGGUUUAUUGACAGUGACCAGUUUGAGAGUGCACAGGACAGUCUGGAGUAUUUUGGUGAGAGGAGGACAGACAAAAGUCGGAGCUCCAAGUUUCAAGGAGUGGAGACUCCCUCUCAGAGCCGGUACGUGGGGUACUAUGAGAUCAUGAAGUCCAAGUUCAACAGACAGCUGCCUCCACCUAAAAGCCUCAGGAUCAAGAGCAUCCGCAUCCACUCCAUAGCAGGUGUAGGUAAAGGUGAUGGCAGCGAUCUCAAGGUGAAGAUAAUUGUGAAGAAAGAGCUGGUAUUUCAAUGUGUGUGUGCCAAACAGGAGAACUGCACUGUAUUUCCUGAUGUGGGCAGCAAUGCAGCAGUCAUCAGCCUACAGGAUGGGCCUGUGGUUGAAGGGGAUGUGAAGGUCAUGUUUGAAUCAAGUGCUGGUCUGCCGAAAGGAUACGAAGAUGUUCCAUUCUACUUCUGGUUCAAUACCUCCUUCAUAGAGCAUAACAAGCUGUUUCUACCCAGGGAAGAGCUGGACAACCCACACAAACCGAAGACCUGGGACCUGUACAAGGAGGACUUUGGUGUCACUAUGUUCUUCUCAGAACCAUAAUAAAAGCCUUUUAGAAAGAUAAGAGGAUAAAAUCGCUUGUUACAGUUGUACAUUUAUUGAUGGAUGGUGAGCAGAGAUUGGUAGAUUGAACACUAACUGAAUAAAUGACAAGAAUGUUCAGAUGUUGUAUGCAGUGGGGUCCUCCACCGAAUCAAAUCAUAUAGAAUGCAGUGUUGCUCUGAUGAGUCGUGGCACUUAAACUGAAAUUUAAAAUGAGGGAUAUGUGAAGAAUUAACCAUUAAAUAACAAGUCAUGUCUUCCAGUGAA